ACUAUGAUGUAGUGUAAGUGUACAAUUUCUGGCUAUCCUUUAAAACAUAACACAUGAACUCUCCAUAGGCUCGUGGAAAGAAAGAUUAUGAGCUAUCACAUGAACUACUUAAUAUUUCUUCUUGACCUUCUUGGUAUAAUUAAGAUUUAAGACUACUAAGGGGAUGGUAGGAACAUGUAGAGUAAAGGCAUAUAACCCCUGGAAAUCUAAAUGACUUUGGGCUCCAUGCUCCAGUAAAUAGCUGCUUUGAGCCCUGAUCCUUUCAUUUGCCAUGAGAUAAAAGCUGCAGAAGCGUACCUAGCAUAGCAUUUUACAGAGUGAUUAUCCUGAACCCUGAAAAGAGCAGAUGUGUGAGAGUGGCCAAUUGCUUUACAGACAGAGCCUGGAAUUGUAGUCAGGCCCUCAUGGCUUGUUUGAGUUUUCAACUUCCUCUGAACCACAUCAUUCUUACUUUAAGGAGGAUUUGGUAUCAUUGCCUCUUUAAAUCUGAAAAUAUUGAGUAAUUGCUGAUCAAAUAAUGCUUGGAAAAUUUGUAGUUAAAUAUUUAUAAUAGAGCUUAUGAUAUUUAGAUGUGUUAAAAAUAUGUUGAGUUACAUGAUUUUUUAUUUUCUCUUUAAAAAAAUCUAUCACAAAGGGAUUAAUAUUAAUUUUUAUUUUUUUCUUUAUUGGAAAAAUCUUAAUAAAAUAUAGUGAUAAAUGAUAAAAUAACUCUCUUAUUUGUAGCAAUACUUAAUAAAAACUCACAGUCUCUCCUCAAUGAAAUAUUUUUAAAGCUUAGGCAUCAAAUUAUUAAAUUUUAAAGAUUAACUUUUGCAUUUUUAGCUUGGUGGUUUCUUUGACUAAAUAUUGAACUUAAAUAGUAAUGAACAUGAUAAAAACUAACAAAUCAUUCUGUAUCAGGAAAUAUGUAUAUUCAAGGUCUGUGUCUUUACUGUCAAACUCAGUCUCCAUAGACAGGAAAACUCAGGUUAACAUGAUGCUAGCCUCCUCCUUCAUAGCUUUGGAAUGAAUGGAAUGUCUAUAACAGCAUGAAGAGUACCACAUAGUAACAUCACCUGUUCUCAGCAUCUUGGAGCAGGAAUAUACACAGAAAACCUGCAUAUUAGUUUUGUCCCCAUGCUCUCAGAUGCUAACCCCAUGUUAAGAAUCACCAGUGUCUUCACUGAAGCCUGAGCUUUGGCCUGAGUUCCUGUUCCACUCAUCCACAGCCAGGUCUCAGAUACAGUAUCCUCUCCAACUCAGGACCAAAAGUAUCUUCACCUCUGCAUCCCACACAGAGCACUGCCUACCUUGGAAGUGAGAACUACACAUGCUUUUCCUACAUGUCCACAUCAGUUUCUGUUACCCCUGAGUACCUUCCCUUCUCCUUGUUGCCUCCUCAAGCCCCCAUACACUAGCCUCUUCCUCUAGCAUCCCCAUCCUUAUACCUGCACCAUUGCAAUCUGUCUCUCUAUUGUUUCUAGAACUCUCUGAAGUAUAUCAUGACAUAUAUCAAUUUGGAAGUGCACCACAUUUCACAAGGCAGCCAUGCUGAGGUUCUUAGCUGUUCUGCAUGGUGAGAUUCAUUAGCUUCUAACAUUUUCUUGAUGAUUCAAAGCUACCUUGUAUAUUAAGUCAAUGAAGCUUCCUAUCACUGAGAAACUCUCUUGACACAUCCUUUUUUUGUCUGAAAAAUUCAAAAAUGUCCUUCAACCAUUGCAUUGCUUUAUCAUAAACUUCAAUCAUGAAUUCUGUAACCAGGGUGGAAAUUUAUACUAGACAGUUUUAAAAGCAAAGUUCACACUUUAAAAAUGAUCUUAUUUUAGUUUUAUUCAGAAAACUAGUUUGUCUAUUUUAUUAAAAAUAAAACAAAUAUUUGGUUGUUAAAAUUCACUCGGAAAGGCCCAAGUCGUUUCCUCAACUACAUUAUAAUUCUAUUUCUUUCUCUUUAAAUUUAACCUUUAUUUAUAGCCUUAAUAGGACUUCUGUUCACAUUUAACAUUUAAUGGCAAUCUUCUCUAGCUAUAAAAUAAAUCCUCUUCAAGAUUAAAAUGAAGCUAAUUUGAUUGAAAAGCUAUAACUCUUAUCAACCAUUAGCUUUUUAGAUUUAUAUACAUUCUAAAAAGAUGAGAUAUAAUAAUGCCUCUUGGCAUGUGGAUGGAUUAAAAAGCAACAAUUGUAGCGUUUUGGAAAUAAUCAGGGGCACUUUGAUAAUUUUUAUGUUUUAAUUGUACUAGAAUAUUGUUAAGGAUAUUUUUGGCUACUGCAUUUUGCAAUGCACUUCUAAAUUAAACAUCUCUAAUAACAAACUUCAUUCUACUUAAGUGUUUUAUGCAAUUUCCAAAAGAUAAUGGAAUCACAAUUCUUACACAACGACAAUGUUAAAAGGCAUGUCUUGAAUUAUUACAUCCAUUUAAAUAGAUGUACAUUUUAGAAUACAUAUUUGAUUUAUAAAAGGAAGUUCUGAUGCCUAAAUUCUAUUUAUGAGAAAAUGGAUGCAAAGCCUUGCUUUCCCAUAGCUCAUACAGCACCAUCAAAACCUGUAUGUGGUCACUGCUCCACUCACUGCUCACAGUACUGUCAAAACUUAUGUGACUUUCAAGACCAUAAGCCUAUUUUCACUCACUGUUAGCCUUUAACUCUCUGAAAAGAAUCUGUAGGCUGGUGCCUCUCCAUCCUCCUGAUAAACUCUCACUUCAUAUAAUAAGGAAAGUCUAUUAAAAAUAGCUGUAGCAGCUUAUGUACCAGAUAUGAGUUAGAUUCUCUUUUAGGAAGGAUAUAACAGUGGGAAGUAGAAGUCAUUGCAUUUCAGUCACUUACAACUGUGGUGAAGGGAAGCAGAUAACAAAAUACGACCACCUAAAAAAUAUACAUGGAUGCUCUGAAGAAAUUGAAAGAUUAGAGAAUUUUGGUAUCUGUGAGUUUGGGGAGAGUUUGGAAACCUCUUUCAAUUUUAGAUAAACUGUUCAUGGGAGACAUAAAAAGGUAGAGUUUGUGUUUUGAAAUGAGAAUGUGAACGAUGGAAUGUAGAAAAGAGAAGUCAUGGAGACCAUAAAUGUGAAGCUUGAGACAUUUAUACAACAUAAGCUUGAUGUGUCAGAAGAGAAAGCCAGAGUACUUUAAGUGUGGUGAGCUUGGGUGAGGAGGUCUAAGAAUAGAGGCAAGCAGUGUGUGGAGCAAAAUUAUGAGAAUUUUGUGAGCUGUGUUUCAGAAUUAGGAUGCAAGCUGUUCUUAACAAGCCACUGAGGCUUCCAGCAAGAGAAAUCUGUGGCAGAAUAUAAGAUCCACCAGGACCAACCAGCUGCUCUGUAGAAUCAUGGAAAACUGACUGAAAGAGAGAUGCUGUCAGGAAACCACUGUAGCAGAGAAUGUUUGUUUGAAAAUUGUCACUGCAGGUAAGGCAGUAUCUCUGAAGAUGGUAAGCAGGAAGAACUGAGAGCCAUGCUGGAAUCAGAGGCAGUUUGAUAAACAGAAUGCUGUAAGAGGGAAAAACAGUAACUAGAGAGGUUCCUUAGUUCAGGUAUGACAUGGUUCGGGGCAGUUUCUGGAUAUGGAGAAAACUAGAAGAGGAGCAGGUAGAGAAAAACAAGGUUUUGUGAUGUUGGCAAGAUGAUCAAGCAUAAGCAGUUGCAAAAAAAAACAACUAUUCAAGGAGGAAGAAAUGUAAACCUAAGAGUCAUCAGCACAUAGCGAAAUUUAAAAUUAAGGGACUCACUGAAGUUGUCAAAGGAGGGAAUAUAUCAUGAGUCUCAGGCCUGAGCUUGGAACACAUCGUUUUUUUAUUGUUUGAGCAUUGAAGACAAGCCUAUAAAAUACCCUAAAGGUAGAGACCAAAAAUUUUAAAAAGAAAAAAACAUACAGGAAAUGCAGCAGAAAUCCAAAAAAAAAAAAAAAAAGACAAGUGAGAGAAGAGUGAGCUGUACCCAUCCUUGAUGAGAAGUCAAGUAAGAUGGGAAGAGAAAGCUGCAGAUCAGCCUCAGCUAGAUGGGUCAUCAAUAGAUCAAUGGGAGCUAUUUCAGGAGUGCACUGUGAUCAGCUCAUCAGAGUGGUUGGAGAGUACAGAUUAGCAGAAAGUGAGUACAGAGAAUUCUUUCAGGCUUAACUGCAAAACCAAGCCGUGAGGUGUAACUGGAUAAGGACAGUCUCAUGAAUCAAAGUGUCCUUACAAGCUAGUGGGAAUCAUCCUGCAGAAAGGAAAAAGGGAUGCAGGAGAAAGUUAAGGUGAUUGUAAGAACAGAAGCUUGAAAAAUGAAAGGAAUUGAAUGUAGUAGAAAUAAGGGAGUGGUAUAAAUAUAUCCCCAAGAAGACUAAAAGCUGUACAUAGAAGAACUGUAACUUUUUAUUUAUUUGUUUAUUCAUUUAUUCAUUCAUUCAUUUUCUUUCUUUCCAUAUUGGGUGCCAUGUGAGAGUUCCCAAAGAACUUUUGCUACAUGAAAGCAGGUGCCAUGACUUGAACAUCUGAAGAUCCCGAGUGUUCCCCUUGCCCAGUCGCCUGAGACUGUACAGUGGCACCUACAGAUGAGGAGGAGGCGGCAGCAGCAGGAGCUUCGGCACCAGUAGACUUUGGAGAGGUCAAUGCACAAGCUGGCCCAGCUGGAAAGACUUGACCUAGGCAAUAAUGAAUUCAGCGAGCUGCCUGAAGUUUUGGAUCAAAUACAGAAUUUGAGGGAAUUAUGGAUGGAUAACAAUGCAUUGCAAGUGCUGCCUGGGUCUAUAGGGAAGUUAAAGAUGUUGGUAUACCUGGAUAUGUCAAAAAACAGGAUAGAAACAGUUGACAUGGAUAUUUCUGGAUGUGAAGCCCUCGAGGACCUCUUACUAUCAUCCAAUAUGUUGCAACAGCUGCCUGACUCAAUAGGAUUGCUGAAAAAGCUAACAACUCUAAAAGUAGAUGACAAUCAACUUACAAUGCUACCCAACACAAUCGGAAACUUAUCUUUAUUAGAAGAAUUUGACUGCAGCUGCAAUGAGCUGGAGUCCCUCCCUCCCACCAUUGGUUACCUGCACAGCCUGCGAACUUUAGCUGUCGAUGAGAAUUUCCUCCCAGAGUUACCCAGAGAAAUUGGAAGCUGUAAGAAUGUCACUGUAAUGUCUCUACGUUCCAAUAAGCUAGAAUUUCUUCCUGAAGAAAUUGGACAGAUGCAGAGGCUGCGUGUCUUAAAUCUAAGUGAUAAUAGGUUGAAGAAUUUGCCGUUCUCCUUCACCAAACUCAAAGAGCUUGCAGCAUUGUGGCUUUCUGACAAUCAGUCCAAGGCCCUUAUCCCUCUGCAAACAGAAGCCCAUCCAGAAACCAAGCAAAGGGUACUGACCAACUACAUGUUUCCCCAGCAGCCCCGUGGUGAUGAAGAUUUCCAGUCAGACAGCGACAGCUUCAACCCCACCCUGUGGGAGGAGCAGAGACAACAGCGCAUGACUGUUGCCUUUGAAUUUGAGGAUAAAAAAGAAGAUGACGAAAGUGCUGGGAAAGUUAAGGCUCUCUCCUGCCAAGCCCCCUGGGACAGGGGCCAGCGUGGGAUUACUCUCCAACCUGCCAGGCUGUCUGGUGAUUGCUGCACACCAUGGGCCAGGUGUGAUCAGCAGAUCCAAGAUAUGCCCGUCCCCCAGAGUGACCCCCAGCUGGCAUGGGGUUGUAUAAGUGGCCUCCAGCAGGAGAGGAGCAUGUGUGCUCCAUUGCCAGUGGCAGCACAGUCCACCACUCUUCCCUCUCUAAGUGGCAGACAGGUUGAAAUAAACCUAAAACGAUAUCCAACUCCUUACCCGGAGGAUUUAAAGAAUAUGGUAAAAUCUGUUCAAAAUCUGGUGGGUAAGCCAAGCCAUGGAGUGCGUGUUGAGAACUCAAAUCCAACAGCUAACACGGAGCAAACUGUGAAAGAAAAGUUUGAACACAAGUGGCCGGUGGCCCCAAAGGAGAUUACAGUGGAGGAUUCUUUUGUUCAUCCAGCUAAUGAAAUGAGGAUUGGGGAACUUCACCCUUCAUUAGCUGAGACCCCUCUGUACCCACCCAAACUUGUUCUGCUAGGGAAGGACAAAAAAGAAUCAACUGAUGAGUCUGAAGUUGACAAAACUCACUGUCUGAAUAACAGUGUCUCCUCAGGCACCUACUCAGACUACUCGCCCUCCCAAGCUUCCUCUGCGUCCUCUAACACCCGGGUGAAAGUGGGGUCCUUGCAGACAACAGCUAAAGACGCCGUCCAUAACUCUUUGUGGGGUAACAGGAUUGCACCACCUUUCCCACAGCCUCUAGAUGCAAAGCCAUUACUCAGUCAACGGGAGGCUGUCCCUCCAGGGAACCUCCCCCAGCGUCCUGAUAGGCUGCCAAUGAGUGAUGCUUUCCCUGACAACUGGACCGAUGGCUCCCAUUACGACAACACAGGUUUUGUCUCCGAGGAAGCCACAGGCGAGAAUGCCAACAAUAACCCUCUCUUAAGCUCCAAGGCUAGAAGCAUACCUGCUCAUGGGCGCAGGCCUUUAAUCAGGCAAGAAAGGAUUGUCGGCGUUCCCCUGGAACUGGAGCAGUCCACACACAGACACACACCAGAAACAGAAGUGCCUCCUUCCAACCCCUGGCAGAAUUGGACCAGAACUCCCAGUCCAUUUGAAGAUAGGACUGCUUUUCCUUCCAAAUUAGAAACAACCCCUACUACCAGUCCCUUGCCUGAAAGAAAAGACCACAUGAAGGAGCCUACAGAGACACCAGGUCCCUUUUCUCCAGGAGUGCCAUGGGAAUACCAUGACCCCACCCCUAACAGAAGUCUCGGUAAUGUCUUUUCUCAAAUCCACUGCCGCCCAGAUUCAUCUAAAGGUGUUAUUGCAAUUAGCAAAAGCACGGAGAGGCUUUCCCCGCUCAUGAAAGAUAUAAAGUCCAACAAGUUCAAAAAGUCCCAGAGUAUUGAUGAGAUUGACGUCGGUACCUACAAGGUCUAUAAUAUCCCACUAGAAAACUAUGCCUCUGGGAGCGAUCAUUUAGGAAGCCACGAGCGCCCAGACAAGUUCUUGGGACCAGAGCAUGGCAUGUCCAGUAUGUCCAGGAGCCAGUCAGUACCCAUGCUGGAUGACGAGAUGCUCAUGUAUGGAAGUAGUAAAGGCCCACCCCAACAAAAAGCAUCUAUGACUAAGAAGGUCUAUCAGUUUGACCAAAGCUUCAAUCCACAAGGAGCAGUGGAAGUAAAAGCAGAGAAGAGGAUUCCACCCCCUUUUGCACACAAUUCUGAGUAUGUACAGCAGCCCAGUAAAAACAUCGCCAAGGAUCUGGUCAGCCCCAGAGCCUAUAGAGGAUACCCACCCAUGGAACAGAUGUUCUCCUUUUCCCAGCCAUCUGUAAAUGAGGAUGCCAUGGUGAAUGCUCAGUUCGCCAGCCAGGGGCCCAGGGCAGGCUUCCUAAGGAGGGCUGACUCCCUGGUCAGCUCCACAGAGAUGGCCAUGUUCAGAAGGGUCAGUGAGCCCCACGAGCUGCCCCCUGGUGACAGGUAUGGCAGAGCAACCUAUAGGGGAGGGCUGGAAGGCCAGAGCAGCAUUUCAAUGACUGAUCCCCAAUUCCUCAAGAGGAAUGGCAGGUACGAAGAUGAACACCCUUCAUAUCAAGAAGUGAAAACGCAGGCGGGAAGUUUUCCUGCUAAAAACCUUACCCAGAGGAGGCCGCUGUCUGCCAGGAGCUACAGCACAGAGAGUUAUGGGGCCUCCCAAACCAGGCCAGUUUCAGCUAGGCCUACCAUGGCAGCCCUCCUGGAAAAAAUACCAUCUGACUAUAACUUGGGUAACUAUGGUGACAAGACAUCAGAUAACAGUGAUAUAAAGACAAGGCCCACCCCUGUGAAGGGAGAGGAGAGCUGUGGCAAAAUGCCGGCAGACUGGAGACAGCAGCUGCUUAGACAUAUAGAAGCUAGAAGGUUAGACAGGAACGCUGCUUACAAACACAACACAGUUAACCUUGGCAUGCUGCCCUAUGGAGGUAUUUCAGCAAUGCAUGCAGGCAGAAGCAUGACUUUAAACUUGCAGACUAAGUCUAAAUUUGACCUUCAAGACCUACCUCUUCAGAAAACCCCGUCCCAGCAAAGCAACAUUUUAGACAAUGGACAAGAAGAUGUCUCUCCUAGUGGCCAAUGGAAUCCUUACCCACUUGGGAGGCGGGAUGUACCUCCGGACACCAUUACUAAAAAGGCAGGCAGCCACAUUCAGACCCUGAUGGGGUCACAAAGCCUUCAGCACCGCAGCCGGGAACAGCAGCCAUAUGAAGGGAACAUCAACAAAGUGACCAUUCAGCAGUUCCAGUCGCCAUUGCCCAUCCAGAUCCCCUCAUCACAGGCUACCCGGGGACCUCAGCCUGGACGGUGCUUAAUUCAAACGAAAGGGCAGAGGAGUAUGGACGGUUAUCCUGAGCAGUUCUGUGUGAGAAUAGAAAAGAACCCUGGGCUUGGAUUUAGUAUCAGCGGUGGAAUUAGUGGACAAGGAAAUCCUUUCAAACCUUCUGACAAGGGUAUCUUUGUUACUAGGGUUCAGCCUGAUGGACCAGCAUCCAACCUACUUCAGCCCGGGGAUAAAAUUCUUCAGGCAAAUGGACACAGUUUUGUGCAUAUGGAACAUGAAAAAGCUGUUUUACUACUGAAGAGCUUCCAGAACACAGUAGACCUAGUUAUUCAACGUGAGCUCACUGUCUAAAUGUUUUUAUAAAUAGUGAAGAUAUGUCAGGCCAGAGCUAAUGUUUAAAAAUAAAUUUAUACAUAGAAACAAAUUUUGCCAGUUGCUGGACCAAUGGCAAACAUCAGUGCCAGGUGUAUAAUAGUGUACGUUAGCCUUGACCACCCUGAAAAAUGUUACUUAUAAACAUGGCAUUUGCGCGCGGUUCUGUAUCAGUUCCAGCGGCAGCCUCUGGCUGUGCAUUGGUGCGGUUUUGUUUCUGUUUUUGUUUUUUAAUCAAAUAAGUUGUCUUCUCAAAGUGGAUUUCCUAUAAUUUCGGAGCACGGAAGCACACACAAGCUCUUUAUGAAUUCUGCUCUCCAUCAGAAAUACUGCCUCAAAAAUUGUAUAUAAAGAGUUGUAAUCCCCAUAAAGUAUUUCUAGCACAAGGUAUAUGUUGGCAUAUAUACAAAAAAGAAUAUAGAAAAACGAUAUUUUCGUAAACAUCUUGGAUUGAGAAAGAAAAUAUAUCUUAAAAUAAGACUUUACUAUAUUGAAUUUUUCAAUAAAAAUUACAUGAUUACGCCUUAUGGAAGCAACUGUACAUAAAGUAUAAAGUAUUUAUAUUUGGUUCCACAGCCAUUUGCUAAAUUCCCAUAGUAGAGUGAAAUGAUUCAUAAAUUAUCCAUUAAUCUCUGGGACCUGAGUAAAAACCAGAGAAGGUAAAUCUGUUCAAUGCCUUUAGCUAAUUAAGAGGAUACAAGCAGACUGCAGAGACAAACCACAGGUUGCUGAGGAUCACUCUUUUCACCAAACCACAAGCAGUGAGCAAUGGGUGGCGGGAAAGGCUUAAUGCUCUAAUGUUCUGUUUCCUCUGGGUUAUGUUGACUAUGAACUGUGGCUCCUGUGAUUCCUUUACUGUAAAUGUGAAACUUAUCUGUGUGCCGAUUUAUUUAGUUUGCUACUCUUAAAUCAUUUUAAAUGAAUUUUGGGAAUUGAAAACAUUUAUUAUAGAGAAAGACUUGUUAGAACGCUAUAGUGGUUUCAAAACUUUGGUAUUGAAAUAUGAAACUUCAGAUAUAAUUUCUCAGAGCUGUGGUCUACUGAUAUCAUUACUCUUAAUUCCUGUUUUUUUGUGGACAGCAAUAGACAAAAUGUUUUUUCUCCAAACCAAAAGUUUUAAGGAACAUAAACAUGAAUUCAAUCAUAUUAGAGAGUGAAAAAAGCCUAGUUAAUGUACUUUUACAUUCUGUUUCCCUUUGUGAAAAUUUAAAAUUUGUUUUAUAAUCCUUUAAAAUAUUUCUUUUUAUAUUAGCCAUCAAUUUGAUUAAAAUAUUAAUUUGAAAUUUCAGAUCAACUUUCCAUAAUUGGUUGUAUAAACUCCCUCAUAUAUUUACAUCACUUUUUUAUACAAUAAAUUUAUCUCACAUAGUAGUGUUUAAAUAUUCUAUAGAAUUUUACAAUAAAAUCACGUGUGGAUGUCACCAGAGCUCUGAGGAUAAUAUUUGUAAGUUUGUUUUAUGAGGACAUUGAAAAUACUGUAUUUUUGUAGGAUCUAUUAAAAUGAGUGCCACUUAUUAGAAGUACAGUGGUCUUUUUGGCAUAGAAUUUGUCGGAGAAAAAUGUUACUUCACUUACCAAGCAGUGCACUAACUCUGGUGUUGAUUUAUGACAGGGUGACACAAUACAGUAAUCUUAUAGACUUGGACAAUUAGCUGCUGAUUCUAGAUUGACCUUUUUACACGGUAGCAGCCAUUAUGUGCAUUUUAAUAUAUUGAGAGCAUCUAAUGAGAAAUGUUUUUCAAAGCCUAAUUUUCUGUGUCAAAAACUAACAGCACAUCACUACAGCCAAUGUUCUAGGCUCAGCCUUAGUCAAGAGAAGCCAGCCAAGCUCACAGCAUAGUAUGGUAGCUUGAAAGCAGCCAUCGGGCCUACACAGCCUCCUACACGAGAGGCAGGAGGCAGCCAGAUGGAGGGCUCCCCAGGAAAUUUCUUGUGUCAGAGCAUCAAAUGUUCCUGAGGCCUUCAGCUGAGAGGAUGGAGCUCCCUCCUUGAUGGACAGCAUUGCCUGAGGCCUUGCUUUGACACUUCCUUCUCUGAGGUCCAGCCAUGGAGAAAGGAAGAAGAGGGCUCGCUGGCCUCUUGGGAAACUGUGGAUAUAGUCAGUGCUACACACUGAUAGGUAGAUGGUCACACAGAAGGGUAUUUUCUGUUUAGAUUAGCUCAGUGGAAUCAUUGAUCAAUUGUGGUGGGGUGCUUCUCAUUGACUUUAAAGGCAAUCUAAGCCAGUAAUUUGUUGAUCUAGAGGUAUUGACUUUUUGUUUUGAGUAACUAAUUUGCUGCCUGAAACUAAAAUCCAGUUCAUGUUAACAUCAAACAUAGAAGUCAAGAAAAAAUAUGCUGUAAAAAAGAAAGAAAGAAAGAAAGAAAGAAAGAAAGAAAGAAAGAAAGAAACAUCUCUAACAAGACAAAGAAGUUGAACUCCCCAGUGGCAUCAUAAAAUUUCUACGUCUAGACAGGUCCUCUAUCUUCCUGCCGAGGAAGCUGCUUAUAGACAUGGAUCGAUAGGGUAAUAUGGAGUAGGUUGGAGACAUUAGAGGUAGGAAUAACCAAUACUGACAAUUAGUAGCCAACAUCUGUGGGGGUUGCAAGAUAAAUAAUCAUAAAGGGACAAUUUUUAAAACGAGUCAUAAGGCAGACAGUAUUUUGUCAUAAACUAUUUAGGUGACUCUUGACUGCCAGGCAACACAGACCCUCAACACACAUGUCGUGCUGACUUGAAGCUUAUGAAUCUGUGCCUGUCCCUUAGAAUUGUCUACGCUUUGCCUUGGAAUGCUGCCUCCAUAGAGAAGACCUCUGCAUCAGUGGUGUGGACUAACACUGCCUUGUUUUCAGAGAUGAGUGCAUGCAAAAUACUGCUGCCACUCUCUCUUUAAAAGUGGGAUUGAGCUACUUUUUACUGUGUGAGGUAAAGAGAGAGGAUAGAGGUUAGAAUAAUGAUAAAGGAGUUUGAUUUACAUAUUCAAAUAUCAAGAGAAAAGUUUCCAAAUUUUCCAAAAUAUUAGAUGGAAAUACCCAGAAAUGCUUAAUUCUUAGUCCCCAAAUCUUGGCAACCCACCUACAGAUUCCCUAGAACACUAGAUCAGCAUAAAGUAACAAGUUAGGAAAAUAACGAAGUCCAGUCGGCUAAGAUGGCUGUUUAGUACAUACACCCGGGUUGAAGGGCCAGGGAAAGCCCUGUGGCAGAAAUGCUCAUCUUUCCACAGCUUAACCAAAUGUUCAAAUGCCAGUCAGUGAUGUAGCCACACUCAUCUCAUGGGUGCAACUUCUUGACCCAGUUAGGACUUUGGUGAAUUUUCUAGAUUUAAGACUACUUUCACAGACUUUUUUUCCCUUAGCAAUCCUAGGAGAAGCACUCUUUCCUGGAUAGGACCAUUAGCCUAGCAUCCCCUGAAAACAUGCUAUGUCAAUCAAAUUGAAUGUGGGCUAAGGGAAACUGGGUGUGCUCUGUGGGACACACAUAAGCAAUGUUACACGAAAUAUGAAUGUUGACUCUUAGGCACAUCUGUAUGGCUCGAUCUUAGUCAACAAGAUUCAGUGAGUUUCCCACAACACCCAUGUACAAGACUAAGGCAAACACAACUGUGUUUCCAACUCUGGUAUGAUGCAUCUGGAGACAUUUCUGCAUCUAGCAGGCAACGCUGGUCUCCUCUCAGAGCUGUUGUCUCUCUGUAGACUCAUACCCUAAUCACCCAUGUUGUCCAGUGGAAGUGGAUGUUGUUUCCAUACCACUGAGACAAGCCUCCAGAGCUCCAGCUGCCAGAAGACCCAGAAUAUCAACUGGGGGCUUCUGCUUCAGUUUGAGAGCAACUCUCCUAGGGGAGAGUCAGUGCUUACCACAUUGCUGACAGCAGCAAACAGCUCAUGCACAAAGAUGUGUGAGGGUGGCGGUGCCUUAAUGAAGCCACCUUUCCACUUCUUUGCUUAUUUUCACUGUUGCCUCUCCAUUCUCAGUGUUAGGUUUUCGCCAUACUGGGAGACUUUCUCUGAGCUGCUUUCAUGCAUAUUGGGGUACCUGGUAGUCUUCCCAACCUUUAACACUGUGAGAAAAUUAUCCACAAACUCUCUCCUGUGAGGACAGAAGGGCCUACCUUCCAGCCUAAAGCAUUCAAGAGUUUUGAAACUAUGAGUGGAAAAACCACUUCAAGAUUUUACUUUAAAUCUUGUGGAUUUAAGGAAUGUGGGUCCCUUUGCUUCUUCACCCUAUGAUUGUCUUGAUUUUCCUAGGAGCCAAUAUUUUGGGGAAAUAAGGAGAUAUAGUUUCAACUUUAGUGACAUCUUGACUUCCUGGGUUCUGAAGGUGGAUUUUGUGAUAUCACCCUAGGUAGGGAGAAAAUUUUUAAAAAUGACAGACCUGGACCCAAUAUGUGCAAGCAGCCAGAAGAUCUGGGGAAUAGCCCUUUCUUCCAAAAUUUCAAAACACAGCCUUGUUUUGGCACAACUUUGUUCAUGGCAAAACUAUAACAAAUUAAAUAUUGGGAAAUUUCAGGCAGCAUUUAUAUAGAAAAUUCUAAAAUCCUGUGUAGACCUGGCCAAAGCAGAAGCAGUAGGUGAGUCUCCAUUAAUGAAUUUCCAAAUUUAGCAUAAUUUUCCCUCCUUUAUUUAAAAAAGGCUCUUGUUUUACCAUCUAAGCUAGUACCAUUUGUGUAUAUGAAUAGAUAUGAAAAUGGAGUUUAAAAGGGUUGUUCAAAUUUCCCUCCCUUUGAAAGUUUGUUCUCUCAUUUUGAACAAGUGUAUUGUUUAUAGUAUUGAUCCCCACCCCCUAUUUUAAAAUAAAACAAUGAGCAUAUGGUUGAACAGACAGGCAGGCAUCUCUCACCUCGAGAAAAGUAUCUCACAUAAUGUUUUCAAGAGCAAACUCCUUCACAAUAGGGUAGCUGAUCUCAGAAACAUAAAGUAUGUUAUACAGUCAAGGCAUCGAGAGACAUGACUUUGUAGACUGCCACAAAACCAAAGUGCAGUGAUUAUAAAUUUUAUGACAAUUAUCUCCUGGACACCCCUAUGCAUCAUGCCUGUUGGGAACACAGCACAGUCUCUCCUCUGCACAGAACAUCAUAGCUGAGAGGAAAGAGAAGCUGCAGACAGAAUGAGGCAGUAUGGUGAGUCCUCUGUCUCUGCCUUGACCCCAUGCCAUGGCUGAUGGCAUCGAUUCUGGAUUGGAACAGUACUUCAAUUGGAGCUCUUUUAUAUAUUUCUUCCUACUGGGUCCUAGGGCCACUGGGAGGGCAUUUCAAACAUUUUGGGGGACUUAAAAAGACUUUGACAGACUGAUCAUGGCUGGACUUAAGAUAUUUUUGGACAAGGGAAAUAGAGCCCAGAAUCUCUUGGAUUUUGGAGGAAAGGUUGUCAUGAAGAAGCUGUCAAUCUGGCCUACUGUUCAGCUCCAUGCUCUGGCAUUAGUAGAUGAUAAGAGACAUGGACACAGGGGAAAGUCCCUCCUGUACUCACUGCAUCUAGAACACACUUCCAGUGUCCAAUGUUAGGAUUAGCCACCCAGAAAGGCAGUAAACAUCCCAGUGUACGGGUGUACAUCUUUAACCUCAGAACUCAGGAGGCAAAAGCAGGUGACUCUCUAUGACCUCAAGGCCAACCUGGUAUACAUAGUAAGUUCCAGGACAGCCAGAGCCAUAUAGUGAGACCCUGUCUCUUAUUAAUUAAUUCAUCAAUCAAAAAAGAAAGGCAAUGAACAGGGAACAAUAUUUUUGCCUACGCAUUCCCCUGUGGAUUUAAGAACACUGUCAUGGCCUGCUGUAUGCCAUUGGCUUACACAUAUUCACAAAUCAAACUAUCUGUUUUUCCUCCAGGAGAGCUGAGGCCUCUGAUUAUAGUACCAGCUUGUAUCUUUUCUUUGCCCUACCCAGGCUAGUGUUCUUUUACUUCUGUGUGUCCCAGUGAUUUACUGCCUCUGUAAACACUGGUUCUGCUAGCAGGCCUUCCUCUCCAGCCUACUUUCCAAUCAAGGACAGGAAGUACUUACAAGCCUUCUGAAAAGCAACGCCAGAAGAACACACCAAUCCCUCAACCCUAGUGCCAGAAUCAAAGUAAGUGACAUACUUAACAAAUAUUGACUUAAAUGGGUGACUGAUACUCAAUCUCUGCAUCCUUAAAUGGUGAACCUUAGAUUCACUAGUCUCACUUUUGCUGGGGGUGGAGGCAUUCUCUAAGAUGACUUUCCCUUCUCCUUGCCAUUUCUUCUCAGACUUUCAGAACCUUUAUGCUGUUCAGAAGCUAAGAUUCAUUCCCUUUUCACAUGUUCUAAAGAUGCCAGCACCACCCAAAACCUUUAACAACAAAACAGUUGUUCAGUUUGAAAACAUUUUAUUUAUAUCCUUGUAAUUAGUUCAGAACUUUCUUCUGGGGAAAAGCUGUGCGUUUAGCUGUCAGAAAUGUCUUACAGACAUGAAGGAUGAAAUGGAACUCACAAAGCUGUGGUUUUAAGUAUCUUAGAGACCACCAAGCCCUGGACCCCAUCCUGGACAAAGUCCUCAAGCGCCAGUGAGGUGGCUAUUGAAGACCGUAUGUGGUCAAGGCUGACUUUAGACCCAUUUAAUGUAAAGAUUCAUUUGCCUGUAUAAUAUGACUAGGGAGGUUGUUGGCUUAAAUUGUUUUUACAAUACGAAUGUGGAGAGAAGAGAGAAGAAUAUUGUAAAAGAAAAGAACAUGAGAAAUUCAGAGGAAAAAUGAGGUUACCAUAGUCAACAGAGCGCUUUACUGAGAUACAACAUAUCACCUGAAUUUUCCAGAAAGGGGCCUGUCUGACCUUUGUGUUACCACCACCCACCAAUAAAACUGAGGACGCACCAAAUUAUUGUUGCUUUUCCACCAAAAUUUCCUUCUUUUCGAUUUCUGGGUUCAAGCCUGAGAUACAUGCUAUCCUUGCAAUCAUUUGAACAUGCACACAAAACUUUUUUUUUUUUUUUUUUUUGGAGCGUGUAGUUACAAAGAUCCACCACUAGGUGGAGAACGUCCUCCUAGAUUUGAUAUAAGAGUCUAGACAAAUCUUCCCAGCUGGUUCUUGUAGCCGAUGGAGUUGUUAGUAAUAGCCCUUUCCACGCUUUUUAUUAAAGAGUAUAAUUAUGCUUUAAUAUUAAAUGACGCCAGUGGAUUCUGUAUCUUUCUGUACUAAAAUGCUCUGGUUGAAUCAACUUUCCAGAGUGCAUCUCUCUCUCUCUCAGUCUUGGACCAGUGUGUGCUGUGAUUCCGAUCUUUCUAAAAUGUUCAGAAAGCAAAUUCUCCAGUUUUGUAGCUUUCUUGAGUCUUCCAAAUACUUUAUGGUGAUCUCCCUUAUUUUAUCCACAAUUCCCUUCAGUUGAUGUGGCAAUAUAUUUGCUUUAAAUCGUCAUUAUUUACUUUGUAAAUUCUCUCUCCAAAAGUUAAGCAUCAGGAAUCAAGUUUACCUGAAUGGCCUCUCUUAUGAAAUACUAAUCAAGGUCCUGCCUGAAUGUACACUUCCGGCUGACAUCUGGUAGUAACUCCUCUGCAAACUCACUUUUCACUUUAUUCAUGUGCACAAGUAAUUAGCCUAUCCUAAAUGGAGUUUAUUGCAUAGAGAAU